CAACUGGGAGCUCAGCAACUCCAAUCCACUUCAAAGAACCUGGAAGCUGCCAAGCUCACCUGUAAUAAGUACUAUACUCAUCAUGUACCUACAUACUAUAGAAGACACAUCAUAGUACCUAGGUCUACCAGUGCAUGAUGACAGUAAGAUGCCACCGUCCAUCAUGAGACCCCUGAUUCCCCGCCGGCUCUUACAUACAACCAAGACCGUCCGCCAUGAAAAUCCCCUGGGCCUCCCUGCGAAGGGGACCAUCCCGCGCUUCCAGCGCGGCCUGCCACAGAAACGGCCCAUCAAAGGCGUCUCGCACAUCAUCGCUGUGUCCUCGGCGAAAGGCGGCGUCGGCAAGAGCACCAUCGCCGCCAACCUCUCACUCGCCUUCGCCCGCCUGGGCCUGCGCGCGGGGAUCCUCGACACAGACAUCUUCGGCCCGUCCAUCCCGACCCUGUUCGACCUGACGUCGACGGGCCCGCCGAACCUGACGGCCCAGAACCAGCUGCUCCCGCUGACCAACUACGGCGUCAAGACCAUGUCGCUGGGCUACCUGCAGGAGGACGAGGCGGCGCCGGUGGUGUGGCGCGGGCCGCUGUUGCUCAAGGCGGUGCAGCAGCUGCUGCACGAGGUGGACUGGGCGGCCGCGGGCGGCGUGGACGUGCUGGUGCUGGACCUGCCGCCGGGGACCGGGGACGUGCAGCUGAGCAUCGCACAGCAGGUGCCCGUCGACGGCGCGGUCGUGGUGACGACGCCGCACGUGCUGGCUGUCAAGGAUGCGAUCAAGGGCGUGGGCAUGUUUGGCAAGGUGGGUGUGCCCGUGCUGGGGCUGGUGCAGAACAUGGGUGUGUUCAAGUGUCCGUGCUGCGGGGGCGAGACGUCUGUGUUUGGGGGCGAUGACAAGGUAAUGCAUAUGUGUGAGCAGCAUGGGAUCGAGUUGCUGGGGAAUGUACCGCUGCAUCCGAAUAUUGGGGAGGAUGGCAGCAGGGGAAAACCGACAGUUGCGGCGGAACCCGAGUCGGAGCGGGCAGGCGUAUUUAUGGAUGUUGCGAGAAAGCUGGCCGGAAAGGUUGGGUUGGAGGUCAGCUAGAGGCGUCUAGGACUGUGGCACAGGGGGUGCUGUUCGGACUAUUCGCUUCUGGAAGCGGAUGAGCUAUGAGCCUGGAGAUCUGUUAUACUAGUAUUGUACAAUACGAUUUAUGUGAAUAUGGAAGGAAGGAGUAUAGAGAAGACAAAAAAGCUCACCGGUAAA